GAUUGUAAGGAUUCUGUUGACGUCUCCCUUUAAGUGGCCCCACUACUGAUGACGUCGGCUCAGAGUUGUGUAGUAGGAUCUCGGGUGCCUCACCUGCAGGGAAACACCGGAAGAAGUAGCAUUGCGUGAAAGUUUCUCCUUUUAAAAACAACAACGGCAACAAUGCACUUCCAAAUAAAACACAUGUUGCGCCUGAGUCACUGCGACUCCCUGCUGCGCAAAAGGACACUCGGGAGGAAACUGUGGACUUUUUCAGCUGCACAACAACAAGGCAUUAGAGCUGCAGGAUCCCAUGCAUGUGCAGAUUUAAAGAAGUAUUACGCCUUGCGGUGUUGCAGGAACUAUGCAUCAGAUUCCGCGUACAGUCGAGCCUUUGCCUCAGCGAGGGACAAUCCCGAGACUUUCUGGAGUCAGAUGGGACAGGAUAUUAACUGGUUUGAACCGUGGAGUAAAACUUUGCACGCUGAGGACCCAGUGUUUCCAAACUGGUUUGUUGGAGGGAAGUUGAACAUGUGCUACAAUGCUGUGGAUCGUCAUGUAGAGAGCGGUCGUGGAGAGCAGCCUGCAAUCAUUUAUGAGAGCCCAGUGACUGGAACUAAGCAGAUCAUCACUUUCAGAGAACUGCAGGACCAGGUGUCCAGGUUAGCAGGAGUCUUGGUGAAGAAUGGAGUGCAGAAAGGAGAUCUGGUUGUCAUCUACAUGCCCAUGGUGCCUCAGGCAAUGUUCACCAUGCUCGCCUGCGCACGGAUCGGUGCCCCACACAGCCUCAUCUUUGGCGGCUUCGCUUCCAAAGAGCUCUCUGUUCGCAUCAAUCAUGCCAAGCCCAAGCUGAUGGUUACCGCCUCGUUUGGCAUCGAGCCAGGCAGAAAAGUGGAGUACCUCCCUCUGGUGGAGAAGGCCUUGGAGAUGAGCUCUCACAGGCCCUCCAAAGUCCUCAUCUACAACAGGCCUAACAUGGAGAGAGUAUCGUUGAGUCCAGAUUUGAGCCUGGACUGGGAUGAAGAAAUGGCCACAGCUCAGCCUCACGACUGUGUCCCCGUUCCCUCCAACCACCCUCUCUACGUCCUCUACACAUCUGGCACAACAGGAACACCAAAGGGCGUCGUGCGAGACACUGCGGGCUACGCUGUGAUGCUGAAAUGGACCAUGUCAAAUAUUUAUGGACUCAGUCCUGGAGAUGUGUGGUGGGCUGCGUCAGACCUCGGCUGGGUCGUCGGCCAUUCUUACAUCUGCUACGGCCCUCUGCUCCACGGCAACAGCACCAUCCUCUAUGAGGGUAAGCCUGUUGGGACCCCGGACGCUGGGGCCUUCUUCCGUGUCAUGUCUGAGAACGGCGCCUCCUCCAUGUUUACAGCACCCACUGCCAUCCGAGCCAUCCGCCAGCAGGACCCCCACGCUGCCAUCGGGAAAAAAUACCCCCUCUCCAGGUUGCGCUCAUUAUUCCUGGCAGGCGAGCGUUGCGAUGUGGAGACGCUGGACUGGGCGAAGAGGAGCUUUGGGGUUCCUGUCCUGGAUCACUGGUGGCAGACUG